UUGGACUCCGGUUCGCUGCGACCCCACUUAGGACAAGUGGUUGUGGACAGUGUGUUUGGAUGUGACUUUGUGUCUGUGAUUUGUAAUGUAGAAUUUUGGAGGGUUUUUAACUCUUAUUCUUAUGUUAUAUGGUAUGAAAUAAAGUUGAGGAGAAAAAAAUAACGUGCACCUUCUUGAGGAAAACAGGUUCUCGGAUCCAGCGCGUGAGGUCCGUGUUCGCGCCCUUAUCUCUUGCCGUGUUCCAAAAAUGGUCGUAAUUAACGCUGUCCUCGUGUCCUCCUUUGUACUCUCCGAACCCAGAUCGCAGCGCACCACAACGUGCAGUUUAGCCAGGGGUGUCCAACCUUUUGCAUGAAACUUUGUGAGACGUCGAGCUAAAGAAAACAUGCUUGAGGAGUCCUUAAACCUUCUGUCAAGCAUGGCGGAGGAAAUGUAAUAGCGCAGGGCUGCUUUGGAUCGAAUAACGACACCCACACACACACACAUAUUCUGAAACCGCUUGUCCCAAGAAACACUAAGUUAUCCAUGCUUCAUAACAUUAGAACAUUCUAAAUAGUUUCUACUCUAAUUAGAGGCAUGUAACCAAGUGUAAGCUUAUUACAGCGCACAUUAGUAUUACUGGAAGUAUUAACACAAAGAAUAGUCAUAUUGGCGUCACGUGGUUUAAGAAGAGUGUACAUCACGUGAGGCUUUCAGGCCGUCAUGUGCUCAGAACCCGGAAGAGCGAUACAAUGCAGUGCCUGUGAGUGUGACCGAACUAGUACGCGUGUACGGUCCGACGCGCUCAAGUUCCCGAGUUUAAAAUCGCCCUGUUAUUUGGGCACUAGGUCACCUAGUAGGUGCGACACGUUGCGCUCAGCUGACGGACUUAAUCCGAAAUCAGGAAGCAGCGGGAGAAAGGAAACGCGCAGAGAGGAGGAGGAGGAGGAGGAGGAGGAGGUGGAACAACGCUCUGUGUCUGUCACUGACAGAAUGAGAUGAGCGCUUCAGUCCCGUUCCAGAGCUGUUGUUUAAGUUUAACUCACACACUUGUUGGAAAUGUGAUCACUCCAUGGACCGCACUCGAUCGGUUUCUCCAGGAGAAAGACAGGAUGUUCGCUUUAUCUUUGGCCGUUUUAAUCACUGUUCUGGACUGCAUUUACUGUAGACGUACAGAUCAUGGACGCCAGGAAUGGCCCGUGCCUUACAGGCGCUUCGAUCACCGUCCCGAAGUGGACCCCUACUGCCAGGCGCUGUACCCGUUCUGCCCCACCGGGGACCGCGAGGGCCGUAUGCCCUCCAUGGCACCUUCAGACCGCAUCGACAUAUUUCGCCUGCAGACGCCAGUCUGGGAGUUCAAAUACGGAGAUCUUCUGGGGAAGUUCCACAUUAUGCACGACGCCAUUGGGUUCAGGAGCCGUGCCACGGGGAAGAAUUACACCAUGGAGUGGUACGAGCUCUUUCAGUUAGGAAACUGCACCUUCCCGCACAUACGAGAGGCCCAGAGCGCCCCCUUCUGGUGUAACCAGGGAGCCGCCUGCUUCUUCGAGGGGAUAGACGAUGUGCAUUGGACCCAGAAUGGGACCCUGGAGAAGGUCGGCCAGAUGUCAGGUGCACAGUUUAAUGCAAUGGCUCAGUGGGUGCAGGAUGACAACAAGACAGGGAUAUUUUAUGAGACAUGGACCGUGCGAGCUGAGCCCAGCCCCAACUCAACCACGUGGUUCGACUCCUAUGACUGCUCCCAGUUUGUGCACCGUACAUACAGGAAGCUUGCCGAAAUAGGCGUAAAAUUGUCAAGUACCAUCCAGACAAACUACACCAAGAUCUAUCUGUUCAGCGGAGAGCCAACCUUCCUGGGCAACGAUAGCAUGAUCUUCGGGGACUCUUCCAAGAAAGCUCUGGCUGAGGACAUCAGAAACUUCUACUACAACUUCCGUCCACACCAGUCAGUCAAAGACUUCAUCCGCAGUUUAAUUGAGCUCUUUGGUAAAGUGGUGUUGGAGAAGAGCUUCUACCUGUUCUACAAUUUUGAGUACUGGCACUUGCCAAUGAAGCCCCCUUACAUCCAGAUCACCUAUGAAGAGGUUCCUUUGCCAUGAAUCUCCUGUUGCUGGGGACUGGAAAGUGUUGGGAACCAAAAAAGAAAAAGCCUUCUGUGCUGGCAUUCCUAAUGCUUCUGUUGCAUACUAGCCAAAUUGAGUGCUUGCAAAGUAUUAAAUUUUUCUUCCAUGCUUGUAGUGAAGUUUCUAGUGUUAUGGAACAAAAGUUGUAUUCAACACAUUAUGGUUUCAGUUUCUCACAGUGCCUUAUGUAUAUUCUGUGUUGUGCACCUCAGGACACCUGUAAAAUCCUCUUGCUUAUUGCUUGGAGUGAAUGAAUGAUAUAAACUACAACAAAGUGAGCUUAGUGGUAAAACUGGAGAGAUAUAAAAAUUCUUUUGAGAGAGUGCUUAUUGGAAAUUGCGUACAGAAACCCCCCCGUGUAAAUCUGGAUUUACGUAAAAAAACUUCCU